CAGGAACGGGCAGGUCCGUGAAAGCGCCGUUCCGCGGUAGGUGGUGCUAAACUCAUUCACAUUUUGUCAGUAGCUCGGCGGGCACACAGGAUGAUUUUAAUCGCGCUGGACAGCGGCCAGCGUCACUCACGGUCUCAGCAAGUCAGCGCCCUGCGCACGAGAGCAACAACCUCAUUCCUGGAUAUACGGCACUAGAGGCGAGUGCGCGAGCGCGGCGCGCGGACACAAAUCGCCUUCCGCUGGCUGAGAGGAGCAGAGCGCGCGAAUGCUUUCCAAACUGAAAUGAAUCGUUGACGGCCGUUUGAAAAUGAAGAGGCUUUCUCGAAAGCUGACUUUAGCUCUGGCAGCGCUCUUUUGGAUAGCAGCUUUACUCUAUUUCAUACUGCUGAACAGCCGGAAAAUACUACCUGACCAAAGAAACGAGCAACCGCAAGUCAAAGAGGCAUAUGCAGCAUCUUCAAUGGUCGACACUAACUGCUGGCAGCAGCGGAUCAACACAAUCUCAGAUACUGAGUGGGAUGACCUGCUGGAAGAGUUUGAAGAGAAAAGCUACCUCAGUGCUCACAGAUGGAAACCGGGCCAGGACCCAUACAGUCUGUAUGCCUUCAAUCAAAGAGAGAGCGAACGAAUCCCCAGCAACAGAGCACUUAGAGACACCCGACAUUACAGGUGUACAACACUGCACUAUGACCCUGAUCUGCCAUCCACCACCAUAGUGAUCACGUUCCACAAUGAGGCGCGAUCCACCCUACUGCGCACAGUUAGAAGUGUGUUGAAUCGGACGCCUGUGCAUCUUAUUCAUGAAAUCAUAUUGGUGGAUGACUUCAGUGAAGAUCCAAACGAUUGCCUUCUUCUCACCAAGUUGCCCAAAGUUAAGUGUCUUCGCAAUAAACAUAGAGAAGGAUUGAUCCGCUCUCGUGUUCGAGGGGCUGACGCUGCAGGAGCCCAGAUCCUGACUUUUUUGGACAGUCACUGUGAGGUCAACAAAGAUUGGCUGCCUCCACUGCUGCAGAGGGUCAAAGAGGACCCGACCUCUGUCGCCAGCCCCGUGAUUGACAUCAUUAAUAUGGACACGUUUGCCUACGUCGCUGCUUCCUCAGACUUGCGAGGAGGAUUCGACUGGAGUUUACACUUUAAAUGGGAGCAACUAUCAGCUGAAAAGCGAGCCAAGAGAGCUGACCCUACAGAGCCCAUUAAAACGCCCAUCAUCGCAGGAGGACUUUUCGUGAUUGACAGAUCCUGGUUCAAUCGCUUGGGGAAAUAUGACACCGCCAUGGACAUCUGGGGAGGGGAGAAUUUCGAAAUCUCGUUCAGAGUAUGGAUGUGUGGAGGAAGCCUGGAAAUUAUCCCCUGUAGCAGGGUCGGCCACGUUUUCCGCAAGAAACAUCCUUACAUCUUCCCAGAGGGCAAUGCUAACACCUACAUAAAGAACACCAGAAGGACCGCUGAGGUUUGGAUGGAUGAGUUCAAACUGUUCUACUACUCGGCUCGACCAGCUGCCAGGGGAAAAUCCUAUGGAGACAUUCACGGCAGGCAGGAGCUCCGCAAGAGUCUCAACUGCAAAUCCUUCAAGUGGUAUCUGGACAACGUCUAUCCGGAGCUCAAAGUACCUGAUGAUUCUGAUGCCAAGUCUGGUGUGAUCCGGCAGAGACAGAACUGUCUAGAGUCUCGAGUAGUCGAAGGCCAGGAUCUCCCAGUGCUCACACUCGCACCCUGCAUCAUCACCAAAGAGACACCAGCAGCCAAUCAGGAGUGGAUCUACACCCACGGACAGCAAAUCCGCCAGCAGCAGUACUGUCUGUCCGUCUCCACCACUUUCCCUGCCUCCCAGAUCCUACUCAUGCCGUGCAACAUCAGCGACGGCAAGCAGCGCUGGCAGAAAUCUGGCACUCACCUGGAGCACCUGGCGUCUCGUUUCUGUGUGGACAGUGAGAUGGCUCUGGAUGGCAUCGAGAGCAGUAAAAUGCUGGUGAUCAGCCCGUGCGAGCUGUCGGCACACACACAGAGAUGGGAAAUGCCUUUCUCGUGAUCCUUCUCUCCUUGGCCUCUCGUCACCUCUCAGAGCUCAGCUGGAGUCAAAGAUGGAUAGAGAGGCAGAGAGAGCGAGUGUGUACCUCCAGGAGGUGCUACAUCUGUGUCCUGCUGUUCUGCUCUGUCCACUCCCUUUGUUUCUUCAGCACACCCCAGGUUCCCCGGAGUGUCAGUCAUACUGAUGCUCAGCAGAACAGAGUCUGGCAGCUGGACGCACACAAACUUGCGGGACACACACCGAGUGUGACACACACACGCUCACACUGGAGAACAGCGCACAACCUUUUUAUUUCUGUUUCGCUUGACUUUACCCUGAGACGAAGCACUUGUGAGAUACAUCUGCUAGCACAUCCACAUACAAUAAAUUCCCUAUUUUUUCUUAA